GCAAUUACCAUACGUUGCUCGACAUUGCACUGAUAGAGGUUAGGAUGAUUGCACUUGUCAGCCAUAACAUAAACAAUUCUUAAUGAUGUAUCAUUGAUCAUAUCAAGUGGCCAGGGGGGAACGGGGCAAGCAUGUUGUCAUUUUUUCGAAAAAUAUCAAUCGGGGGGAAGAUAAAGGAUGGUUUGCCAACAGGCGACGAAAUGGAGGUUACAGAAGGCUGCCCAGAUGCGAGAGAGCAAACUCUUGUCUCGCAAUCCGACACGGAGCUUAAGGAAUCUGUUUAUGAUCUAUUAAGAACAAUCAAGGACCCCGAGAAACCACAAACAUUAGAACAACUGGAUGUCGUCUAUGAAGACUGUGUUGAAAUUUCAAGGCAUACCCCAAAAGGAAUAUCUGUGAUACGGAUUGAAUUUAAUCCGACUGUACCACAUUGUUCUUUAGCAACAUUGAUCGGUCUUUGCAUUAGGGUAAAGCUAGAGCGUCAUUUGGUAGCUCUAUUUAAAUUAGACAUAUACAUUAAGCAAGGUGCACACUCAACAGAACAAGAAAUAAAUAAACAAAUAAAUGACAAAGAGAGAAUUGCAGCUGCCAUGGAGAAUCCUAAUUUAAGAGAACUAGUAGAAAAAUGUAUCCAAGAAGAAGAAUGAAAGACUAGAUUUUUAUGGUGCAUGGGUUAUACUGUAGUGUACGAGUUAUUUUUGUAUAAUUCAUUAAAUAAUUUAAUUGAUUUAGACUAUGUUCUAAUACGUAAAGUACUUUUUAAAGAAUGAAUUAUUUAUAAACACAGAGGCUCGACGUUAAACACCAAUUAAAUGUUUCAGAACACUGUAGUAAUUAAUUAUAAAUUAA